CCUCCCCCCGGAAGUGUGCUCCAUCCUGUCGUCCACAUCCACGGUGGUGUGUGUGUAUGUGGGGCUGGGGCAAUGUCAGACGUGCUCUCUGGUUUGUCACUUUGAGUAGCAUUUCUUUUAUUGUUAGCAUGUACGUGGCACAAAACACUGCGUAACUAUGCAGAUCCUCACUCCUCACGUUUACUGGGCUCAGCGCCAUGGGGAGAUUUUCCUCCGGGUGGAGCUGAGUGAUGCUAAGAACCUUGACAUCAAUCUGCAGGAAAACAACACGCUUCACUUUAGAGCCCUGGGUCACGGAGCUAAAGGUGAAAAUGAAUACAAGUUCAGUUUGGAGUUCCUGGAACCUGUUAGACCUGAGAUCAACCAUAAGUCCACCCAGCGCCAGGUGGACAUCAAGGUAAAGAAACGGGAGGAGCGCUGGUGGGACCGACUGACUCUGCAGGAGAAGAAGCCCGUGUUCCUGGCUCCUGACUUCGACCGCUGGCUGGAUGAGUCCGAUGCUGAGAUGGAGCUUCAGGCCAAGGAAGAAGCAAAGAUUAACAAAAUAAGCGUGGAGUCCAGAGUUCGACAAGACCCCUACCUCGGGCUGAAGAAGGGCUACCUGUUCAUGUAUAACCUGGUGCAGUUCCUGGGAUUCUCCUGGAUCUUUGUCAACAUGACAGUCCGACUCUUCAUUCUUGGUCAAGAUUCGUUCUAUGACACCUUUCACACCACGGCUGAUAUGAUGUACUUCUGCCAGAUGAUGGCUGUGCUCGAGAUCAUUAACCCCUUGUUGGGUCUGGUUAAGACUGGGUUUUUCCCUGCUAUGAUCCAGGUGUCCGGCAGGAACACCAUCCUGUUCGUCAUCUUCGGGAGCCUAGAGGAGAUGCAGAACAAGGCCGUCGUGUUCUUCGUCUUCUACCUGUGGAGCACCAUUGAGAUCUUCAGGUACCCGUUCUACAUGCUGGCCUGCAUCGGCACCGAGUGGAAGCUGUUGACGUGGCUGAGAUACACGCUCUGGAUUCCUCUGUACCCUCUGGGGUCCAUAGCUGAAGCCGUGGCGGUGAUCCAGUCCCUGCCCAUCUUUGAUGAGAGCAGCCUGUUCAGCCUUCCUCUCCCGGCAGUGAUGGGACACUCGUUGAGCUUCUCCUACGUUCUGCAGCUGUACCUGGUCCUCAUGUUCCUGGGACUCUUCAUCAAUUUCCGACACCUGUACAAGCAGCGGAGGAGGCGGUACCGAUCCAGGAAAAGGAAAGUCCACUAACUGGUCAGCACAUUUCUCUGGAACUGCUGUUUACUUGAAGACGAAGCAUCUGUUUUUCCUCUCGGUGUUUUUUUUUUUCCUGCGUUCGCACACUUGAUAUUGAAAGACUGGUGACGUUAGUCCUCCACUGGUUGAAGCGUUCACCUCCAAACCGAACCCUGAGUCCUGCUGUAUCCAGCAUCUGCAGAGCGGGCGUCAGGGUGACGCCGCGCUGCUGUGGCUUCGACUGGUAUCAUGUAUUUUCUCUGAUUGUCCGUGUUCAUCAGCAGGUCUAUUCUUUAGCUGCCACUUCCUGCAUAUGCACAAACCUUCUUUUUUUUCUCUGCUGGUGAGAAAGUGUUAAGACUCGUCUCCAGGAUGAACAUGUAGAAUAAAGCUGGAGUAAUUUGGAUCAUGGUGGAAAAAUGUUGGCAAGUUUUGUCUUUAAGUUCAAGGUUCAUGUCUGUUUGAAAAUCAUUUGCUUUGAUGGAUCCUACUGAACAUUGUGUUAAAACCAUGGUGCAGUUUGUUCUUUUAAUGUUUCAAUCGUUUACCUCAUAAUCUUGUGAUUUAUGUGUUUAACAAACCAGAAAACCUGUGAUUCUUUGUAUUUUCAGAACACAGGAUACUGAGCAGCUCUGAACUGGGAGCUUAAACUGGGUUUGUUGGUUUGUGAGGCUCAGAGGAAGCAGUCACAGCUCAACAUGCAAAUUACUGUUGGGAGGAAAAUGCUGUAGGUGACUGUUGUCAAACAGACCUUCACAGGUUUAUACUGGUGCAACUGAACCUACGUGUUCCCAGUAGGAGGCAGCUGGUGGGGUUUGAGAGGUGACGUCGGACGUCUCAGUCUUCUGUUCAUGUCAAUGUGGCUGUUUCACAUUUCUUAUCUUUGGACCUUGACUUUAUUACUAAUACCUGUGCUGAGUUUUAUAUUGAUUUGCAGUUUGUUUUGUGGAUGAAACCGGUUUUCACAACCACUGCUCCCAAAGACAAAUAAACAAAUAAGCCUCUA